ACUUCCGGCGGGGCCGGCCAGGCGCGUGGGGCGCGGCGUGGGGCGCGGGUUUCGGUCGCGCCAGGCCGGCCCGGGCCGUUUGCGGCGCCUCCCGGGCGCCAUGGACUACCGGCGGCUGCUCAUGAGCCGGACGGUGCCCGGGCAGUUCGACGACGCGGACGCCUCCGACAGCGAGCGGGGGACCCUGCGCGCGGCCCUCGGGGCCCGGGACGAGCCGCCGGCCGGGGAGCAGGGGCAGGAGCAGGAGCAGGAGCAGGGGCAGGAGCAGGAGGAGCAGGAGCAGGAGGACGACGACGACGACGAUGCCGCCUGGGACUGGGACUGGGACGACGGCCUGGGCAGGCUCGCGGGGGCCGCCCCCCAGGCAAACCGACAGGCCGCCAGCCUUAGCUCAGCCAAGAUGUCCACCCCGGCUGACAAAGCCCUGCGGAAGUUUGAGAAUAAGAUCAACCUCGAGAAGCUGCAUGUCACCGACUCUGUCAUGAAUAAGGUCACCGAGAAGUCGCGACAGAAGGAGGCGGACAUGUACCGCAUCAAAGACAAGGCGGACAGAGCCACUGUGGAGCAGGUCCUGGAUCCCAGAACCCGCAUGAUCUUGUUCAAGAUGCUGACGCGAGGCGUCAUCUCAGAGAUCCACGGCUGUGUCAGCACCGGGAAGGAGGCGAACGUGUACCACGCCCGCACGUCUAGCGGGGAGAGCAGAGCCAUCAAGAUCUACAAGACGUCCAUCCUGGUGUUCAAGGACCGCGACAAGUACGUCAGCGGGGAGUUCAGGUUCCGGCACGGCUACUGUAAAGGAAACCCCCGGAAGAUGGUGAAAACUUGGGCAGAAAAGGAGAUGAGGAACCUGAUCAGGCUCAGCACUGCUGGCGUCCCGUGCCCGGAGCCCGUGCUGCUGAGGAGCCACGUUCUGGUCAUGGGCUUCAUCGGGAAAGAUGACAUGCCGGCUCCGCUCCUGAAGAACGUCCCGCUGUCUGAGUCCAAGGCCCGGGAGCUGUACCUGCAGGUCAUACAGUACAUGCGGCGCAUGUACCAGGCCGCACGGCUGGUGCACGCGGACCUCAGCGAGUUCAACAUGCUCUACCAGGGCGGAGGCGUGUACAUCAUCGACGUGUCCCAGGCCGUGGAGCACGACCACCCGCAUGCCCUGGAGUUCCUGCGGAAGGACUGUGCCAACGUGAAUGAUUUCUUCCUGAAGCACAGCGUGGCCGUGAUGACGGUGCGGGAGCUCUUCGAGUUCGUCACGGACCCGUCCAUCACCGAGGCCAACAUGGACGCGUACCUCUCGCAGGCCAUGGAGAUCGCCGCCCGACGCACCCAGGAGGAGCGGUCCAGCCAGGACCACGUGGACGAGGAGGUGUUCAAGCGCGCGUACAUCCCCCGGACGCUGACCGAGGUGAAGCACUACGAGCGGGACGUGGACCUCAUGCUGAAGCUGAAGGAGGAGGACCGGGCCCUCAGCGCCCAGCAGGACACGGUUCUGUACCAGACUGUCACGGGCCUGAAGAAGGACUUGUCGGGAGUGCAGCAGGUCCCCGCCCUCCUGGAGAGCCAAGUUCCGGUCAGGACUGGCUCUGAGUCGGAAGAGGCUUCGAGCUCUGAGGACUCGGACGCGGACGCCGACGGGCAGGACCAGGCUGUGUCCACGGAGGUCCCUGCCGGCCUGGAAGUGGACAAGAAGGAAAGGAAAAGGAUGGUCAAGGAGGCCCAGAGAGAGAAGAGGAGGAACAAGGUCCCGAAGCACGUGAAGAAGAGGAAGGAGAGGCUGGCCAGGACGAAAAGGGGCAAAUGAGCUGGAGCUCGGGCCCCGAGUGCACCUCCGCCUCCCGCGGGCUCUGCCCGCCGUGCCCCUCUCCCGGGCCCACGGAGCCUGUGCCCGUCAGCUGCCUUUCCUCGUCCAGGGGCAGCGCUGACCCAAGCGCCACCUUUCCGGCCGCGGGUUCGGCCAUCGCUCACGCGGCCUGUGCGUGGACAGGGCGGGCCCGGCUCCACGUGACCCUGAGCUGGCCUGUGCUUUCGUGUGUCACGUGAAGACUCCGGCCCGGGCUGCCCGUACAGCUGGCCCCGGGGUGAGAACAGGCUUCUCUGCACGGCCGGAGUCCGGCCACAUCGGCCUGUGGGGGCGGGGGGGGGGCACAGGGCCAGGUACUGGCCACCAGCGGGGGACAGCAGGAAGGACGGACGCUGGCAUGGCUGCGGCAAGUCUGAGGCUUUAAGGAAGGGGCCGCGGCUGCCGAAAGCAGCUCUGGCUGAGGCCGGGGCAGGGCCAGGCCCCCCCUGGUUGGUUUCGGUGCACUUGGUCCCCAGCACCCACUUCCACUGGGGAGCUCGAGUCAGGUACAGGCUGCUGGGCUGGGAUGCGGGUUGGGGCCACAGCUGCCCUGUGCUCAGGGAUGGAACCCAGGGCAGCACUGAGAGAGGAGCACCUGUCCCCUAAUAAACACGUG